AUGGCACCUUUCAGAGUCUUUGAAGGCAAGCUUGCCAUCGUCACCGGCGCCUCCCGCAGCUUCGGCGCCGUCGUGGCCGAGCACUUUGCAAGUCGUGGUGCCAAUGUGGUCAUCAACUAUGCCACCGAAGGGUCCACGCCCAAGGCCGAAGCCCUAGCAAAGCGUUUCGAGGUCCAGUACGGCGUCAAGGCGCUCGCCGUGCUCGCAGAUCUGAGCCGGGUCGACUCUGCACAAAAGAUUGUCGACGCCGCCAAGGCGCACUUCACCGACCCCGCAACGGGCAAAUUUCAGAUCGACAUCAUCAUCAACAACGCCGCCGUUGUAAACGCGCAGGGUCUGGAGCAGCUGGACCUGGACCUGUUCCAGACGACGUUUGACGUCAACUGCCGGGCGCCGGCGCUGCUCGUCAAAGCCGCUAUCCCGUACCUGCCCAACGACCGCUCUGGCCGCAUCGUCAACAUCUCCAGCGCCACCACCACGUGGGGCGUGUGGUGGCAGACGGCCUACGCCGGCACAAAGGGCGCCAUCGAGGCCAUGACGCGCGUCUGGGCCCGCGAGCUGGCUGAGAGGGCCACUGUUAACACCGUCUCGCCGGGACCUAUGGACACGGGGCUCUACUCUGGCUUGCCGGACGAGCCGCGCGAGGCUCUUCGUCCUUUCAACACGCUGACACCGCUUGCCAAGGCUCGGCCCGACGCCGACAGCCCAGAAGUACUGGAUCUGGCGCAGAGUAUAGGAGGGCGGCCCGGUUAUUUGGAGGAGGUUGCGGGCAUUGUUGGGGUUGUAUGCUUGCCGGAAAGCGGCUGGAUGACAGGUAACCAGGUUGGAGCAAGUGGUGGCGGUGCUUUCGUCAGGUAG